UUCGGAACAUAUCCCUAUUUUUCAAUAUGACAAAUGACAAGUGAAUAGUGAACUGCAGAGCGUAUCACUUUAAUUUUUCUAAGUUUCCGCUUCCUUUCGGUAUAACACCGCAGCCAUGAAAGCCAAGGGAGAGUUGAAAGAAUAUGAAGUUAUCGGGCGUAAGUUGCCUACAGAAAAGGAGAAAACAACUCCUUUAUAUAAAAUGAGGAUAUUUGCUCCGGACCCAAUAGUAGCGAAAUCUCGUUUCUGGUAUUUCCUUCGCCAGCUUAAAAAGUUCAAGAAAGCCACUGGCGAGAUCGUGUCUGUGAAACCAAUUCCCGAAAAAUCGCCUAUUAAAAUCAAAAACUUCGGUAUUUGGCUCCGGUAUGAUUCCCGAUCUGGCACCCACAACAUGUACAGGGAAUACAGAGAUCUUAGUGUUUCUGGAGCUGUAACUUCUUGCUACAGAGAUAUGGGAGCCCGUCACAGAGCCAGAGCUCAUGCUAUACAGAUUAUCAAAGUUGAAGAAGUCAAGGCAAGUGACACAAGGAGACCACAAGUUAAACAGUUCCACGAUUCAAAGAUUCGUUUCCCACUUCCAAAACGCAUUCAACACAAAUCUAUGAACCGCUUCUCAGUUCGUAAACCAAGAACAUACUUCUUGUAAUAAAUUGUGGUUGAAGAAUACAUUCUUUAUAUAUUGACA